AUGAUUCUCCAACCAUUAUAGCAAUUAGUCCAAACAAACAGAGACAAAAAUAACUUUUAAGGACUCACUCCUCAUCAGAGAAAGCGAUAUCUUGAUCACCGAUAGGCCUAUAAACAAAACAGGUACAAGCCACCAAAAAAGUUCCCUACACAAUUCCCCUUAAUUAAAAAAGAUGAUACCCAAUAUCAAUUCAGAUUGUUUCACCAAGUAUAAAAUAUGAAGAGUGCUCAUUUUCAAUCAAAAUAUACAUUGUCUAUGGGAAGCAUUCCUAAUCUAUUAUUGCACACUCAUUUUGAUUAGAUUGUAUUCUACGAUGUGGCUAAGUUAAAAUCUGACACAACCAGAAUCCCAGUUGAGGCACUUGGACUCGAUGUUAUUGAUAGCGUUUGCGCCGUAGCUGGAAUGAGUGGAGACAUAUUGAUAAUUAAUUUGCUUAAUGGAAAAUUAGAAAAACACAUUGUCAAUCAAAAAAGAGAUUUCAUCAACCAUGUUCACUUCUAUCAAAACUAUCUGGUUUCCAAUGAUAAUGGAGGAUUCAUAAGGAUAUUUGAUUAUUAAAACGGACUCAAAGAGAUCUUCUCCUAUCAAGAUAAGGCUUCAGUCAAUCUAACUAGUGUAAAUGACAGCAAAUAAAUUGCCUAUUGUGGUGAUAGACUAGGAUUAAAUGUAUUGGAUGUUCAAUCGGGUACUAUCAUACAUAGUUUGGAACCCCACACUGAAUUUGGUUUUGCUGUGGCCUACCAUCCCAGCAAGAGUUAUCAACUUGCUUCAUCUAGUGAGGAUGGAUCAGCUGUCAUCUACGAUUUGCGAUCCCCCAAAGUCCCCAUAUAGUAGUUUAUCGGAUCAGAACACCCCAUCUACAACAUUAGUUUCUCAAAAAAUGGAUCCCACUUGUUCUUAGCUGAAUCUAAUUCCUAUUUGCACAUCUUGAAUACUUCUAUGUAUGAUUCCGUCUAAAGUAUUGAAAUGCAUGGAGAAAUCUCAGGAAUAGCGAAUGAUACAUACGAUGAAAACCGAUUCUACUUUGGUACCAGCUGCACUUUUGGGGAUGGCAUAUGCGAAUUUUUUAAAAUGAAUUGA